CAGUUUCUUACAUAAAGAGUGAGGGUCGGGGACUAGCGAGAGCCACAAGGGGAAGCCAGCAUCAACCAGGCAAGAAGGCAAGCAGACAGGACCCGCGCUCAGGGGCUAGGAGAACAAACUAGAAGAAAGAAAGGAAGGAAGGAAGAAGAAAAUAAAACAGAGAAAUGGCCAUCAUGUUUCAGAGAAUAAUUCCAGCUCGAAUCCAAUUGGGGGUACUGUUCAUUGCCUUCUGCUUUCAAAUUCUAACAGCUAGUGGAGCUCAGAAGGUGGAAGCUCUCCCUGAGGGCAGUGGGGCCCUAAUUAACCACUCCCUGAUGCUGGUGCAGCGGCUGGAGGCUCUGCUGGCUCACGGGAACAGCAGCGACGUGGCCCUGCGCGUGCAAACGCUGCACUCGGAUGAGGUGAAGGUGUUCCAGGCACACUCGCUGGUGCUCUCCCUGCAGAGCGAGGUCUUCGAGGGGCUGCUGCAGCACCGCAACGCCAGCGGACUGAUCCUGAGAGAGACAGCCGACUGCGCCACUGUCUUUGACAAGUUCAUCAGGUAUCUGUACUGUGGGGAGAUCACAGUCUUGCUGGAGCAAGCCAUCCCACUACACAAGCUGGCCAGUAAAUACCGUGUGUCUGCUCUGCAGGAGGGGCUAAGUCACUACAUGACCCAACACCUGGCCAGCGACUCCCCGCAGGGCCACGUGGUCAGCUGGUAUGACUACGCCAUGCAUAUCGGGGACGUGGGGCUGAGGGACAGCUGCCUGCAAUACCUGUCCUGGAACCUGUCCUCGGUCUUCCAGAGCGGGGAGUGGAGGGCGGUGAGCGAUGACCUGCUGCUCUCCCUGCUCCAGCGCUCCGACCUGAUCCUGCAGAGCGAGCUGGAGCUCUUUGGGGCGCUGGAGAGCUGGAUCGGGCACAACCAGCCCGGCGGGACGACCAUCGAGAGCGCGCUGCGGUCUGUGCGCUACGCCAUGAUCCCCCCCGGGCAACUCUUCCGCUUGCAGAAGCAGUCCCCUGUCCUGCUCAAGUACCACGAGUCGGUCCAGGACCUGCUUUUCAUGGCUUUCCAGUUCCACUCAGCCUCCCCUCUCCAGUUCGCCAAGUAUUUCGACGUCAACUGCAGCCUGUUCACACCCCGGAACUACCUCUCCCCAGCCUGGGGCUCCCCCUGGCUCAUUAACAACCCCACCAGGGACGACCGCAGCACCAGCUUCCAGACUCAGCUGGGCCCCAGCAGCCACGAUUCCGCCAAAAAGAUCAUGUGGAACGCCUUGUUCUCCCCGCGCUGGCUGCCCGUGAGCCUGCGGCCGGUGUACACAGCAGAGCACGGGGCGAUGCAGGCAGUGAGGGCGGAGGAAGGGCGCCCCCGGAUCAUCGUCACCCCGGCCACCUCCAGUGUUGACUUCGCAGGCGUCAGCUUCCAGAAGACGGUGAUCGUGGCGGCGCGCCAGCAGGGCAAGGUGGUAGUACGCCACGUCUUCAACUUCCACCAGAGCACGGAGGAGAGCGGCGACUUCCUGGCGCAGGCCGACCUGCAGCGACGAGCCUCCGAUUACCUCAUCGAGAGCGCCAUGCACCUGCACAUCAUCAUCAAGCCCAUCUACCACUCCCUCAUCAAGGCCAAGAAGUGACCCCUGCCUCCCCCUGCUCCUCCCCUCACACACUCACCCACGCAAAUGCAGCCGCAGACGCCACCGCUGUACAGUACCAGUGGUUUUGGAAUUGCACUGCGGCUGCCUUUCUGCUCCCUAGCCCCCUUUUUUAAUUUAGUAAUCGCCAAUUAUUAUUAUUUUGUAUUACUAUUUUCUCCCAAUUAGGCACCCCUCGGGAGGGCGAAGACGAACACACGCUGUCCUCCGAUGCGUGUGCGGUAAGCCGACCGCUUUUUUUCACACUGCAGACUCACCGUGCAGCCACCUCAGGGCUACAGCGUCGGAGGACAACGCAGCUCUGGGCAUCUUACAGGCAAGCCCACAAGCGCCCAGCCAGACUACAGGGGUCGCUGGUGCACAGUGAGCCGAGGACACCCGGGCUGACCUAAGACCAAAUGUCAUUUGAAUUUCUAACAUUUUUUUUUACAAGGGAGAAUAACCAUCCCUUAUAAAAGUCUCCCACAGUAAAAGCAUAGCAAAGUGUAAAAAAAACAAGGAGAGAGCAUGGUAAAGGAUAAUUAAGCACUGUAAAGAAUAGCGAGGUAUGGUACAGCAUACUAAUAAACAUGGCAAACCAGGGUAAAGUAAAUGCAUAGUAUAACCAUGGGAAAAGCAUUGCAAAAUUGCAAAAAUACUGUGCAAAAAUACCAUGCUAACCUUCUAUAAGGGAUUCUCCAGUUUGAUGUAUAUUCUAGAUAAUAACAAAGGCAUUGUUAAGCAGGAGGAAACAUGUUUUCAACCAGGAGCAAUUCUGUGAGAAUGUGACUCAUUGAUCACAUGACCAUGCAAGAUGGCAAUUACCACUGAAGACAACAUGGUUUAGACAGCUACAGCAAUGUGGUAUUAUUAUUAUUAUUAUUAUUAUUAUUAUUAUUAUUAUUAUUAUUAUUAUUAUUAUUAUUAUUACUAUUGCAUGUUAACACUUUAUCUGCUCAUCAGCGAAGAGCUCAGUCUGCAGUGUGCUGCUUUGUGUUGUUAAUAAAGAGCUGUUUUUCUCA